CAGCAGUGUAGGAAAAGAGGAGGAAGCAGCAAGGAUGGCGGAGUCACACCUCUGAAGAAAAUCUUCGAGGGGAUUAAAAAAACCUUGAUGACCUCUGCAGCCUGAAUGAACCUAACCGAAGGUCCUGGGAUUGUAUGCAGUUCAAACAUUUAAGCAUGUGGCCCAUGGGUGCCACAGUCCAGCUACUUCAAAGGAUUUUUUCUCACAUGGCAUUUUAACAAAGGAACAAAGUAUCAAAAGUAACCAAAAAACCUUUGGAUCACAAAGCCUUUAUUUCAAGGAUAAUCAUAGACGUGUGGGCUUGCACAGGGAUGUUUUCUUUAAAAGCCUCCUUGGCUAUCUGUGUCUCCUUUUUCCCCCAAUAAGUAACCUGACAAGAGAGACUCCCAUGAGCAACUCUGCAGGAGGCUCGAUAACGUCGACAUGAGUAGUACUUUAGGAAAAGAAAAAGAUUCGAAAGAAAAGGACCCCAAAGGUGGUCCAGCGGGGAAAGAAAGGGAAAAGGAGGCCAAGGCUCUAGCUGGCUUAGUCAAGGAUGGUGGCAAAGAAUCGAAGACCAAAGGGAAAGAUGCCAAAGAAGGAAAGAAGGACACCAGCAGCUCAACACCGGGUGUUGCCUUCUCUGUUGACAAUACGAUAAAGCGGCCAAACCCGGCACCAGGUACACGCAAGAAGUCCAGCAAUGCCGAGGUGAUCAAAGAGCUCAACAAGUGCCGGGAGGAGAACUCGAUGCGAUUGGACCUAUCGAAACGGUCCAUUCACAUGCUGCCCACCUCCAUAAAGGAGCUAACGCAGCUGGCUGAACUCUACUUAUACAGCAACAAGCUGCAGAGCCUGCCGGCUGAGGUGGGUUGCCUAUCAGGCCUGGUCACUUUGGCACUGAGCGAGAACUCCCUGACCAGUUUGCCUGACUCCCUGGACUCCCUCAAGAAGCUUCGAAUGCUCGACCUCCGGCACAACAAGCUGAGAGAGAUACCGGCUGUUGUCUACCGGCUGACGUCUCUGACCACGCUGUACCUGCGCUUCAACCGCAUCACAACAGUGGAGAAAGACAUCCGAAACCUAUCCAAGCUCACUAUGCUCAGCAUUCGUGAGAACAAGAUUAAACAGCUGCCUGCAGAGAUAGGGGAGCUAUGCAACCUCAUAACUCUGGAUGUUGCCCACAACCAGUUGGAACACCUACCGAAGGAGAUUGGGAACUGCACACAGAUAACCAACCUUGACUUGCAGCACAAUGAGCUCUUGGACCUCCCAGAGACUAUAGGCAACCUAGCAAGCAUAAAUCGCUUAGGUCUACGAUACAAUAGAUUGUCAGCCAUCCCCAGAUCGUUAGCCAGAUGUCGAGAACUGGAGGAGCUAAACCUCGAAAACAACAACAUUUCGGUGUUGCCGGAGGGCUUGCUGUCAAGCUUGGUCAACCUGACCAGUCUAACACUGGCGAGGAACUGCUUCCAGUCAUACCCUGUGGGUGGACCAUCCCAGUUCUCUACCAUCUACUCCCUUAACAUGGAGCACAACCGCAUCAACAAGAUCCCCUUUGGUAUCUUCUCCAGGGCCAGAGUGUUAAGCAAGCUUAACAUGAAGGACAACCAGUUAACUUCUCUGCCAUUGGACUUUGGCACGUGGACCAGCAUGGUCGAGCUCAACCUGGCCACCAAUCAGCUGACAAAGAUCCCAGAGGAUGUCUGUGGUUUAGUCUCUCUUGAGGUGUUAAUAUUGUCCAAUAAUCUGCUCAAGAAGUUACCACAUGGUAUUGGGAAUUUGAGAAAACUACGGGAACUCGACUUAGAGGAAAACAAGUUGGAAUCUCUACCUAACGAAAUUGCUUAUCUUAAAGAUUUACAGAAAUUGGUGUUGACAAAUAAUCAGCUGACCACGUUACCCAGAGGCAUCGGCCAUCUCACCAACCUGACUCACCUUGGUUUGGGGGAGAACCUGCUUCAGCACCUCCCAGAGGAGAUUGGUAAGCAGUUCCCUCAAACCCUCAACUAUGUAGAUCAGUAA